CGAAGGCACUGUACCACCACGAACGAACGAACGCAAGGAUGAAUGAACAAGACACCAGCUCAACUAUAAGGAUCCCUCCGAUGAACGUCUUCCACGAGAAAUCCGAUGAACCCGGUAUCGAGUUCGUUCAGCACAUUCCUUCCUUUACAUUCAAGGAAACGGAUCCCUUGGCUCUUGGCAAUGACGUCCACGAAGUACACGGUGGUAACUACCUAGCAUACACGCAGAGUGGACUUCCUCUCGCGUACCUAUUUCUCGACCCGACUGAGGAGAAGAAGGACGAGCACAUCGCCAAUCUUCGUCCUGUCGCUGCGAAAUAUAAGGGCAAGGUCAACUUCGUCUGGGCUGACGCAAUCAAGUUCGGUGAUCACGCCAAGGCCCUUAACCUCACUGAAAUCAAAUGGCCGGGCUUCGUUCUUCACGACUUCUCCAAAGCACUUAAGUACCCGAUCAGCCAAUCUCAGGAGCUCACCACCGAGAAGAUCGACGACUGGGUCUCGAAGUAUCUUGAUGGUCAACUCCAGCCUGUGUUGAGGAGCGAGGCGAUCCCAGCAGAACAGACCGAGGCUGUGUAUACGGUUGUAGGCAAGACGUUUGAUGAGGUCGUACUUGAUGACUCGAAGGAUGUGUUCAUCGAGUUCUACGCACCGUGGUGUGGUCACUGCAAGCAUCUCAAGCCGAUCUGGGAUUCGCUUGGUGAACGUUAUGCAAAUAUCAAAGACAAGCUCUUGAUUGCAAAGAUGGAUGCGACAGAGAACGACCUCCCAUCAUCCGUCGACUUCCGCGUCGCCGUGUUCCCAACACUUAAGUUCAAACCUGCAAGUUCAAAAGAGUUCCUUGACUUCAACGGUGACCACUCACUCGAGUCACUCACCGAGUUCAUCGAAGAGCAUGCGAAGAACAGGCUCGGAUACGAUCCUGCCGCGGAAGUCUCUGGUGCUUCUUCGACUGCCUCGCACGAUGCGACGUCUGAGCUGAGAGACGCACACGAUGAGCUUUAGGUAACCAGGUAAAUUCCUACCAUGCCGCAUAUCCAGUGGUUCUAUUCGGAUUUCUUUUUGUAACGAAG